AUGAAGCUCAUCACGGCGGCACUUGCGUUAGCUGCACUGGCUCCGUCUAUUGAUGCUGCUAAAAUCCAUGUUUCCACCAGCGAUCGCUUGAUCGAAGUCGGCAGCCUUGACCUUUUCGCCACAACCUGGAAGGCAAUUUAUGAGGAUCCCACCAAUUUGCACCAAGUAUCAAUCAAGGAUGAAGAAUUUUCAACUCAGAGCAAGCGUUGCCACUUUAACGAUCACCCGGAUCACAAAGUCACCGUAUCAAUUGUCGGCAAGUGGAACGAUGUCGACGGCAAGCACCUUCAAGUCCGAGAUGCCAUGGUCGAAGCUGCUUGGGAAACGGUCAAGAGAAUCGCCGAAAAACACCAAUAUGAAGUUUACGUGGAAUGCUGCGCCGACACUAUUGCCGUGAACUGCAACAAAUUUGGCGCGGCAUGCGCGGAUCGUGUUUGUAAAUGUCCUGGAGAGGGAAGGUCCGCUAAAUGCAAUAAACUUCGACACGGACACCAAGUACCUGCGCUUAUCUACGUCACUGCCGACACUGACGGAUCGAACACCCAAAACAACGAAAUUUUGAUUGAGUUCUCAUCCGAGGCCGUGGAGAGCAAGGGAGGUUGCGGCGCUCUUGACGACAUUAUUCAAGUUUUCAAGGGCUGGAUUUUCCCUCCCGUGAUUGCAGAUGUUGUUGGAAUGGGUAUUGAGCUUGGUUGUGGCAAAUAA